AUGCUAGCCGACAGUCCGCUUAAUGAGCUGCGAUUUGUUAAGUGUGCGCCUAUGACGUCAUCGGAGUUUGCUGGUGGCCCUGCGCAAGGUCUAAACGGCCUCGGCGCAUUCUACUACGAUUCACAAACGCCUCAAUCCGCACCGGGGGCCUAUUUCCAGCCGUCGGGCGGCGGUGCGACGGUUGGACCGACGCCCAGCUUCGCGAAUCCGUCCUCAGCCGCUAAUGGACCGGAUCCGAGCCUGUGCUAUCCACAACAAUCGGUCGAUUGGACGUCCAAAGACGACAAGGAUGAGAAAAAAGACGGGGACGAGGAGAAGCCGGGCGUUGCAGCUGUUUAUCCAUGGAUGACCCGGGUGCACUCUAGCUCCGGUGAAGGUGGAUCACGAGGUGAGAAACGACAACGGACGGCCUAUACGAGAAAUCAAGUGCUUGAACUCGAAAAGGAAUUUCAUUUCAAUAAGUAUUUGACAAGGAAACGACGAAUCGAAAUCGCCCACUCGUUGAUGCUCACUGAACGGCAGGUUAAAAUAUGGUUUCAAAAUAGACGGAUGAAACACAAAAAAGAGAACAAGGAUAAGCCGCUCACACCACAAAUGAUGCCGUUCCCCACCGGACCACUACCGUUUGCACAUCUUGGAUUCCCACGAAAUUUUUUGCUCUCAAAUCAAUUCUGA